AGACGGGGGGCACGAUUGUGGUGGAGUGGCCAAACUGUGAUUGAUUUAUUCAUGUAUUUACUGUACUGUACUUAUUUUUGGACCGGCUUAACCUGUAUACGUCAGUGGGCGGGUUGAUGACGUUUUGCGUAAUAAGUCUGAGACUGUCGAAGGAGGAGGAGGUGACCGGAGCUGGAAGACGGAUGUGGUCCUCCUCCCCGGUAGUCACUUUUCAUCCACCACAGCAGGAUUGAACCGAACUUGGUGUGCGCUGUCUUGGUUGUGAGAGGUAGAGCCGUCCGCCGCCUGGAGAGACCGAAUAAGACUCAACCCGGUGGCGACAUUCAGCGGCUCCAUGGCUCGCUAGCACAGCCAGGCUAACUAGCGUUAGCUUGCGCUUCUGCUCCGGCUCAUCGCCGGCACCCCCCCCGGCGGUCCAAGCGGACAGUCGACAAUGGCCACCUCACGCGGAUAGCCCAAGAAACUACAGUAUCAGCAUUACGCGCAACCCCUUUCCAUCAUAAACAGCUUCUUGAAUAACUGGUUGUUGGUGUUACUGCAGUUCCAAACAUGGUGCAGAAGUACCAGUCGCCCGUAAGGGUAUACAAGUAUCCCUUUGAGCUGGUGAUGGCAGCCUAUGAGCGCCGGUUCCCAACAUGUCACCUUAUCCCCAUGUUUGUGGCAAGUGAUGUGGUCGAUGAAGAGACAAAUGAGGACAGAUCCACUCAUAGGAUUGAGAGACGCUGUGCGCUGGAUGUGGACGCUCCACGCCUUCUCAAACGGAUUGCUGGUGUGGACUAUGUCUACUUUAUCCAGAAAAACACACUCAACCGAAAGGAGCGGACACUUCACAUCGAAUCUCAUAAUGAGACGUUCUCCAACAGAGUCAUCAUCCAUGAAAUCUGCUGCUACUCUGUCCAUCCUGAAAAUGAAGACUGGACAUGUUUUGAGCAGUCAGCAAGUCUGGACAUCAAGUCUUUCUUUGGCUUUGAGAGCACAGUGGAAAAGAUAGCAAUGAAGCAAUAUGCAAGCAGCAUCAAAAAGGGAAAAGAAAUAAUAGAGUACUACCUAAAGGAGCUAGAAGAUGAGGGGAUCACUCGUGUGCCACGAUGGAGUCCAGCUUCAAUUCCCCUGCCUCCCACUAGACCAACCAGCCUCUUUACCAGCCCACCUGCUGACCCCAAAGUCCCCGUCACACCCGCCAUUCCCAUCCCGCAGACUGUCGAUGCCCCAGAGAGCACUUCUCAGGAUGCUAAGCAGGAUAGCGCUGCCCUUCAGGCAGAGAGUUUAAUUGAAAUUCUGGCUGGCACACCCGAAGAUAAACUGGAUGCUGACUAUAUCAAACGUUACCUUGGUGAUCUUACACCCCUACAGGAGAGCUGUCUCAUCAGACUUCGUAAAUGGCUACAGGAGACCCACAAGGGAAAGAUUCCCAAGGAUGAACACAUCCUGCGAUUCUUGCGGGCAAGGGAUUUCAACAUGGACAAAGCCCGCGAAAUUCUAUGCCAGUCACUGACCUGGCGGAAGCAGCACCAAGUAGACUAUCUUCUCGAGACAUGGAGUUCACCCCAAGUUCUCCAGGAUUAUUACACAGGAGGCUGGCACCACCAUGACCGAGAUGGUCGGCCUUUGUACGUCCUGAGACUUGGCCAGAUGGACACUAAAGGACUGGUCCGAGCUCUUGGAGAGGAAUCUCUGCUUAGACAUGUGCUCUCUAUCAACGAGGAAGGUCUGAGACGCUGCGAAGAGAACACAAAGGUGUUUGGUCGUCCCAUCAGUUGCUGGACAUGUCUAGUGGAUCUGGAGGGUCUGAACAUGCGUCACCUGUGGCGACCAGGAGUCAAGGCUCUGCUGAGGAUUAUCGAAGUGGUGGAGGCCAACUAUCCAGAGACGCUGGGACGGCUGCUUAUCUUGAGAGCCCCCAGGGUCUUCCCAGUCCUUUGGACGCUGGUGAGUCCGUUCAUUGACGAAAACACCCGCAAGAAGUUCCUAAUCUAUGCAGGAAAUGACUACCAGGGCCCCGGCGGACUGGUGGACUACAUAGACAAAGAGAUUAUCCCCGACUUCCUGGGCGGCGAGUGUAUGUGUGAGGUACCCGAGGGAGGCUUGGUCCCAAAGUCAAUGUACCGUACUGCAGAGGAGCUUGAGAAUGAAGAUGUUCGUCUGUGGACCGAGACCAUCUACCAAAGUGCCAGCAUCUUCAAAGGCGCUCCACAUGAGCUUCUGAUUGAGAUUAUUGACGCCUCCUCAGUCAUCACCUGGGACUUUGAUGUGUGUAAAGGUGAUGUGGUUUUCAACAUCUACCACUCCAAGCGUGCUCCACAGCCACCGCGUAAAGACCCACUCGGAGCUCAUGGGAUCACCUCCCCAGGAGGCAACAACGUGCAGCUUAUUGACAAGUCAUGGACGCUGGGGCAAGAUUACAGCAUGGUAGAAUCCCCUCUAACCUGUAAAGAGGGAGAAAGUGUGCAGGGCUCCCACAUUACACGCUGGCCAGGUUUCUACAUCCUCCAGUGGAAGUUCCACAAUAUGCCGGCAUGCUCGGCCACUAAUCUGCCUCGAGUCGAUGAUGUGCUGGCAACCCUGCAGGUCUCCUCGCACAAGUGUAAAGUCAUGUACUACACUGAGGUGUUGGGCUCUGAGGACUUCAGGGGUUCGAUGACGAGCUUGGAGUCGAGCCACAGCGGUUUCUCUCAGCUCAGCGCUGCCACCACUUCGUCCAACCAAUCCCAGUCCAGCUCAAUGAUCUCCAGGUAGACGGAGCAGUCUCCUACAUAGUGAUAAUCCCCUUUAUUCAGACUUGUGCACCUUUUCAACUUUGGAUGCUGACCAGCAGACAACAAAUCAUGAGUCAAAAAGAAAAAAAGAGACUGUUUGAACUCCUUUUAAAGGGCUGUGUCUGUGUGUGUGUGUGUGUGGUUUUUUUUUGUUUUUGUUUUUUGGGUUUGGUAUUUUUUUUCUCGCACAAAAGUCAGAUUCCAGUGCUUGGUGUCUAUAGUGGGCAACAGAUUAGUAAGCAUUUGGAAUUUUCGUUUUAACACGGCCCAUUUAGAGUGAAAAUGCUGAACUGCAGCGUCUUUGGAGGUUUAAAGAAGCAAUAUUUUCACCCCAGGAGUGGCAGGUCUGAAUGGGGGAAGACAACGGAGGCGCUGUUAUAUAUGGUGUAUACAUUUACUUUUACACUCCAGAAUCCUGCAGGCAAUAAUCAGAUGAGGCAUUCCUCUGGACCACUGUGGCAGAUUGGACGUUCUGUUACACAUAAACAUGCAGCACACAGAUGUUUGACAUUGAAAAAUGUUGUUCUUGCUAUAUUAACAGAUUUUUUUUUUCCACUGUGGAGAAUUGGUGGAAAAUCCAACACCUGUUGCUGCAAAUGACAUUGUUUAUUUAGGAACUGAUCCUCAUAAUGUUACAGAUCAGAGCCCACAAAUCCUACGUGUAUAUUUGUCUGGGCUUAUUGCACUCAUAAAAAAAAAAAAAAAAAAAACAGUUUACUCUGACCUGAGUCAUAUAUCACACGUUUAAAACAAAACACAAAGCUCCUGAGUUGGUGGGGCAUGUUAAAUCAUGCGAUUAGAAAUUGACUUUUUGAAUUGUCUGGUUAGUGUCCAGAUGUUCUCCCAUCAUCCUGACAGCCCAACCAUCACUUGAGGGCUCUUAUCAUGCCAUGAACAGCAUACUUGACCAGCAUCUCACUUUUUAGUGCUUGAAGCAAUAAAAUGGGUUUCUACUGUGUGAAAUAUUUGUAUUUAUCAUUGAGAUGUCUAAUGUAGAUGAUGGCGACGAUGAGGGCGGAUCGCGGGUGACCUUUACGUGAUGUACAGGCGGGCACAAAGGCAAACUGAGCCACUAAAGCAGCAAAGAGCAUUGUUGUGUACGUGCGUCGUGCGUGUUUGCAAGCAGCAAAGAUGUGCGUUUGCGUAUUUUGUCGUGAAUAAAAAGUUAAAACAACCCUUUUUUUCUCACUAAGGGCACAGCAAGUACGCUUUCCAUUUUUUUCGUUUGUUUGUAAAUGUGCCCAUGAUCGACAAAUGAAAUUUGCCAAUUUGCUUGAAUUGUUUAAGGUCAUCACGUCAUCCGACAGAACUUCCAUCAGCGGAUUUUUCGUUUGCGUAAUGAUAUAGUUUGUGUGCAUUAGGAGUAAUAUCUUUAUUAUGAUACGUAUCAUUUGACAGUGUUUUUGUCGGAAAAAAGAUUGCGCUACUGUACAUGUUUGAGGAGUGCUACUGUUUUUGAGAUACUUGAUGAAGCCGAAACGGUGGCGUGCUACAGCAUGCGCGUUACACAUGAUGGUGACUGGGUUUACUAAUCGUGUAUUUGUAAUUUAAUAGCCAUUUUAAGAGCCAUUUGUCAAAAAAAAACAAAACACCAUUUUAGCCUUUGUAAGACUCUCUUAGGAAACAGCUGCUCCUUUCAAGGUGUUUUCAUGCAUAAUUGUUGUCCCAAAACAUUUCCAUGUAACAGUUUUACUUGUGCAUUAGAGGCGUUGAUGAUGUGACUGUAAAUUGCUAAGUCAUCAAUUGCUCUCGCUAUGGACACUGAGAAUAACUCCUAAGGAUACUCAUGUUAUUUUAGAUACGUGAAACUGUUUGGAACUCCAAAUGAAAGGUCAAUAUUUUUUUUUUUGUGUGGACUAUUUGCAAUAACAUGAAAUGUUUUACCUCCUUAGAAUGAGGGCUAUUGUGUGGAUGUACAAGAAUGAAUGCUGGAAACGGCAGUGAAAAUAAGACAUGCCUGUAAAUUGUAUGUACUGUACACACUCCCACAGGCCCUCUUGGCCUUACUCUGUCCCCACCCCCUCCCACUCUGAAGAAUGUCUCCACCUACACAGUCAACUACCCGAUCACUUGAUAAUUUUUUCAAUCGUUUUAUCAUGUUUCUUUCAUGGGAAGUCUGAUCAUAUAUGUGGGUGUGGACCUUAGAUUUGUAAAACUGCCUCACUGAAAUUAAGAAAUGAAGCCACGGGUAAAGUGUUUUGGGGCUCAGUGUUUCAUUUCUAUUUGAAUUCAGUGUUGGACAUACCAGAGACCUUUCACAUUUUCUCUCUCCUCUGAGUUGGAUCACGUGUACAUUUUCAGAGAUCUCUUGAGGGCUAUGAAAUGUUUGUCAUUACUUUUCCAUGUGUUUGUUUGUCUGUUUCCUAUUCCGGCAAAGUUGCAUAUCUCCUGUAUCUUUGUGUGAGACAUUAUAUAAAAACAAUCUGUUUGAAUUCAUGACAACGUUGCGCCUUUACAGUUUUUUGGGGGAAAACAUUAAACUUGAAGAAUGCA